AAUAACACGAUUUUUAGUUAUUAAAUAAUACAAUAUAUGUAGAUUAUAAUUACCCUAAUUGAUGUUUUGUAUCUGACACCGUCACUUAGAUCAGUCAACAUGGAUUUGUUCAUUAUAAACAGGUACACUGAUGAUAAUGAUGACGAAAAGCAAAAAGAUAAUGAAAACCUGCAUUUGCAAAGGCUUAAACAAAAAAUAGAAGAAAGAAGAAAAACUUUUACAGCCACUCGUGUGCAACCAGAAACUAUUGUAUUGAAGGAGCAAAAAGAAGAAGAAAGUGAGAAUAAAUUAGAAGAAAUAGCCCAGUCAUCACCCGACUCUCAGAAACGGACAGAAAAUAAAACUGAAAGCAGCAUUCUAUCUGAGAAAAAGGAAACAAAAAAACCUGCACAUGAUUUUAAAGUUUUAGGAAGUGAUGAUUUUGAAAAGAAAGUGCAGGUGGAAAGAGUCUUACCCUAUUGGCUUUCACAUGCAUUUAGUGUUUCUAAAAAUCUUCAGAAGUUAACAUGCUGCGUAGAUGAUCUAGAUUGGUUACAUGAAACGUUAAAGUCUAUGUUAAAAAGUGAAGGUGUAACACACCUGUUUCCAGUCCAGGAAAAAGUGAUUCCUUUCAUUCUUCAAGAGCACAAGCACCCUGAGCCAUUAUUUCCACAUGAUAUUUGUGUCUCUGCUCCUACUGGUAGUGGUAAAACAUUAUGUUUUGUGCUGCCAAUAAUUCAGAUAUUGAUGAACAGUAUUGGUCACCACAUAAGAGCGUUAGUUGUGUUACCAGUUCAAGAGUUAGCAGUGCAAGUGGCAAAAGUGUUCAAGAAGUACAGCACCAACACUGGCCUAAAAGUGGCUCUGUUGAGUGGAUCCGUACCUCUGCAGAAAGAACAACAACAAAUUAUAAGAUACACUGAAACAAUGGGCUGGAUAAGUGAAGUGGACAUCAUUGUCUGCACAGCUGGGAGACUUGUUGAACAUUUGCAAAACACUGAAGGGUUCUCGUUAAAACAUUUGAAGUUCCUUGUUAUUGAUGAAGCUGAUAGGAUCAUGGACAAUAUACAAAAUGACUGGCUGUACUACUUAGAAAAACAUAUCACUAUUGAAAAUAGAACAAGAAGCAAAAUUCCUCAUUUGAAUUGGAGCAGUUUAAACAAUCUAAAAGCACCUUUACACAAACUGCUGUUCUCGGCAACUUUAUCUCCUGAUCCGGAGCUCCUAGAGAAAUGGGGGCUGUUCCAACCGAAACUCUUCUCUGCUGCUCCCGUCAAUGAUAGGCCAAAUGGGAAAUCUGCCAAAAAAUAUUCAACACCAGAUGAAUUACAAGAAGAGUUUGUUGUGUGUAAUCCAGAGGAGAAACCACUAGUUUUAUACCACCUCUUAGUAGAACUCAAGUGGGACAAGGUGUUAUGUUUCACAAAUUCUGCGCAAGCGGCACACAGGCUGACAGUCCUCAUGAGCAGUAUGGCUCAAGAUAAUCUCCGUGUGGCUGAGCUGUCCUCUGCACUUGACAGGACAAGCAGAGAAACUGUUUUAAAGAAGUUUAAACAGUCUGAAAUAAAUGUGAUAAUUAGCACAGAUGCUUUAGCCAGAGGUAUAGAUAUACCUGAAUGUAGCUAUGUCAUUUCAUAUGACCCACCCAGAAACAUAAAAACUUACAUUCAUAGAGUUGGCAGAACAGGAAGGGCGGGUAGAAAAGGAAGAGCUGUAACAUUCUUAAUUCAGAAUCAACUUCAAAUGUUUAAGGAAAUUCUAGAACACGACGAAAACAGUAAAGUGACACAAAUGGAAAUACAACCUGAGUCAUUACAACACUUAGUUGAGAGCUACGAGAGAUCAAUACAUGAAACUAAAAUGUUAAUAAACAACGAAAUUCAUACGAAAGUAACAAAAUCUAAGGAACUCAAGAGGUCGACAAAGCCUCGCAAAAGAAAACACAGUGAAGGCAAAGUUGAAAAUAGUAAAAGUAAUAACUAGUUUCAAACAUAAUUAAUUGUAAUUUA